CUUUAGAUUAAUCUCCGCCCUGUUUCUCUGCCCAUCAUUUCCGCCAUAAAAAAGCUUCCUUUUUCCGCAAUUAGCCACAACUUUGACACUUAACAUAAACAUUAGAAACUACACAGACAACUCACUUCACUUGGCUGCUUGUCGAAUCAAGAUUCGGUCCAAUGCCGUCAGCAAUCCGGUGGUGGCCGAUCCAUAUCAGUUCAUCUGGAUCUGAGCCGAUGUUGUUUUCCGGCGGUGGUUACGAGGGAUGGCGCUGGCUGAGCUGGCGUCGACCGGAGCUGAGUUUCUUGUCCGUCGUGGUCGACGAUGUUUUAUGGAAAGUAGUGACGGCUUUUGAAUCUGUGGCGUUGGUCUCAAUGCUCUGUUUCUUCUUCCUCUUCUGUGGCUGCACCGUCUGAUUUUGAUCUCACCUUAAUCUCCCCUAAGAUUGUUCCUUUUUUUGUGAACGGUGUUGAUUGCCGGAAAGUUUUGGAUUUCUUUGUGCUCUGUUUCCACCGUAUGUUAGUGAUGACGCAAUGGCGGAGAAAUUUAUGUAUUGUGUGUGUUCAAGGAGGCGCGUGAUGCUCACUCUCGAAUCGCGAUCAAUUGUUUAGUUUUUGGUUUCUUUUUUGAUCAUGUUUUAUGUUGGGCAAUUUAGGUUCGAAUCCUCCGAACCGGAAAUUUGUUCUUUAAUAUGCUUUCAUUUUCUAUGUAAGCCAAAGAUACAAAUAGUAAUGGUCUCUGUCUUAUUGGAAAUUGUAAUAGGCAAAUGUUAAGCGCGAGAAUAUACGAUUC